AUGGCCGACACUGUUGGAAAGACCAUCACUUGCAAGGCUGCCGUUGCAUGGGCCGCUGGCGAGCCUCUCUCGAUUGAGGAUGUCGAGGUUGCCCCUCCCAAGGCCCACGAAGUCCGUAUCCAGGUUCUGCACACUGGUGUCUGCCACACAGAUGCCUACACUCUGUCUGGAAAGGACCCCGAGGGCGCUUUCCCCGUCAUUCUCGGACACGAGGGUGCUGGUAUCGUCGAGUCGGUAGGAGAGGGUGUCACCUCGGUGAAGCCUGGUGACUAUGUCAUUGCUCUUUACACCCCCGAGUGCCGCGAGUGCAAGUUCUGCAAGUCCGGCAAGACCAACCUCUGCGGCAAGAUCCGUGCCACACAGGGCAAGGGUGUGAUGCCCGACGGUACUUCGCGGUUCAAGGCCCGUGGCAAGGACCUGUUGCACUUCAUGGGCACCUCCACCUUCUCCCAGUACACUGUUGUUGCUGAUAUCUCUGUUGUCGCUGUCACACCCAAGAUCCCUACUGACCGGUCCUGCCUGCUUGGUUGUGGUAUUACCACCGGUUACGGUGCGGCCGUUGUCACCGCCAAGGUCGAAGAGGGUUCGAAUGUGGCCGUCUUCGGUGCUGGCUGUGUCGGUCUUUCCGUCAUCCAGGGUGCUGUCAAGAACAAGGCGGGCAAGAUCAUUGCCGUAGAUGUCAACGACAGCAAGGAGGAGUGGGCCCGCAAGUUCGGUGCCACUGACUUUGUCAACCCCACCAAGCUCAACGGCAAGACCAUCCAGGAGCAGCUCAUUGAGAUGACCGAUGGUGGCUGCGACUACACCUUUGACUGCACCGGUAAUGUCGGUGUUAUGCGCGCCGCCCUGGAAGCCUGCCACAAGGGCUGGGGCGAGAGUAUCAUCAUCGGCGUUGCUGCUGCUGGCCAGGAGAUUUCUACCCGACCAUUCCAGCUCGUUACCGGCCGUGUGUGGAAAGGAUGCGCGUUCGGUGGUAUCAAGGGUCGUACCCAGCUGCCCGAUCUGGUCGACGACUACCUGAACGGCAACCUCAAGGUGGACGAGUUCAUCACCCACCGUGAGCCUCUCUCCAAGAUCAACACUGCCUUUGAGCAGAUGAAGCAGGGUGACUGCAUCCGCUGCGUUGUCGACAUGUCGUAG